CGGAGCUCCCAAUGCGAUUGCGAAGCAAAACCCCCACAGAGCCCAGCUUGCCACCCUCCUCGUUCCUAUCGCCGUCUCCUCCUCUUCUCGCCUUCAACGGGGUUGCCGUGCUACCCGCCGCGCCGCAGUCUCACUCGCAUCCAGCUCCUCCUCCUCCGCCACCACCUCUCCGCGCCCGCGCCAAUGGAGGCCGCCGCCGUGCCCAGAUCCGCCGCCUUCCGCGCCGCGCCCGCGCUCCCGGUCGCCCGCGCCACCGCGCGCCCCCUGCCCCUGCCCUGCCGCGCGCUCUCCGCGGCCCCGGGGCGGCGCCUCCUCGUCGCACGCCGCGCGGCCGGCGGAGACAGCGUGGAGGCGGCGCAGGAGGCGGUCCCCAUCGAGAAAAGGUUCCCUCCCUUCCCGAGCGUCAUGGACAUCAACCAGAUCCGCGACAUCCUGCCGCACAGGUUCCCGUUCCUUUUGGUUGAUAGAGUAAUUGAAUACAAGGGUGGAGAAUAUGCAGUCGGGAUCAAGAACGUCACGAUAAAUGAUAACUUCUUCCCAGGACAUUUCCCAGAACGACCCAUAAUGCCUGGUGUUCUCAUGGUUGAGGCUAUGGCCCAGGUUGGGGGUCUGGUGAUGUUGCAACCUGAAGUCGGUGGAUCUCGAGACAACUUCUUUUUUGCAGGGAUAGACAAAGUUAGGUUCCGGAAGCCAGUAAUUGCUGGGGAUACAUUGGUCAUGAGAAUGACUCUGACAAAGUUUCAGAAGAGAUUUGGGCUUGCAAAGAUGGAUGGAAAAGCUUAUGUUGGUGGAGACCUAGUUUGUGAGGGGGAGUUCCUCCUGGUUAGUGCAACUGAAUAGUGCACCUAGUAUUGCAUGAUUCGAUUGCAGAAUCAGUGGUUAUAAUGGGAUUGGGUUUGUUUCUUACUAGACUCGACUUUUGAACAAAAUAUACAAUCGGCACUUGAGGCAAUCCUUUACCUGCUAAGUAUGUCGAGUUCUUGUUCACGACGAUUAAUAUCGCCUUUGUGGGUGAGUCUGGCCGAGUGGCUUUCAUAUUGUUGUAAUACAGGAUUACAGUAUCUUUGGUACUUGUUUGAUGGAAUAAACAAUGGUGGUUCCAUUGGAA